AUGGUACUUGGGAGAAAAGAAUGUGUAUAUAUUAAUAUAUAUAUAUAUAUAUAUGUUUUUGGGUUACUCUCAUCUGGAUCAGACCAGAUUGCAUUCAAUUUCCAUCAAACGGUGACAAAUCAGCACCAAAGAAACCUGGAAACGGACGGCAGAAGCUUCUGGUUCCCAAAUCCCAAACAUGGGGGGACUGGAGUGGAGUCUGUAUUGAGAGGCCUUCCCAGUUCUAGUUUCAGUUUCAGUUUCAGUUUCCAGGAAGAAAUUGCCAACGCGCAUAACCGUGUAGUUGGAAAGGAAGCUCGAGACUUUGUAGUUAAACAAAUCCCUUCUUCUUCUUCUUCUAUGCCGGUCACCCUGCACACUAAUCUCGGCGACAUCAAGUGCGAGAUUGCCUGCGAUGAAGUCCCCAAGGCCUCUGAGACUUGCACCCUUUUUUCCCAGAAUUUCCUAGCAUUAUGUGCUAGUGGUUUACUCUGAUGGAACCAUUUUUC